AUGUCUUCUCCACCACCUACACAUACGUCUUCGACCAUACCUCCGGCCUCUGUGGCCUUCUUUCUAAUCGAAUCGGAGGAGAGGUCCUGUAGAUCACCGUCGUCUCCGAUUGAAUCAGGGAUAUUAAGACGUGUCGAUGGGCCACGUAGGUUGAAAACGGCGGUGUCGUACGCACGAUCGGCGUCGACGUUUGUGGAAAAUAUUCUAUUCUCUGUCCACGUGUUGUUCAUCGUGCCUGGUUUUGCUUCCAUCUUUAUCUGUUAUCUGAACUUAGGGCUUUUACCCCAUCCUCUCCUCUCCCUACCGGUCGCCGAAUAUAACUCUUUCUUCGUGGCUGAUUCAGAACGACUUGAAGGUAAUUUUUCUUUUACUUUGAGGGUAUCGGCUAUGGUGGUGGGGUUUCUUGGCCUUUGUGAGAAAACAUUCGAAUGGGUUUCAUCUAAAGCACAUGAUGGAAACUCAGUUACUUCAUCAGAAUUUAUAGCCUAUUUGCAGGUUGCUGCUUAGUCUUGGAUCAUUUAAUGUUUAUAAUUGUACCAGGAUGUACAUAACCUGUUACUGUAUGGUAUCCAAGGCAGGGGCAAAUCACCAAAUUACCCUUGAAUACAAUUUGUGGAGAAAUCUUCAUGCAUAAAUCCACAAUGUGACUGGAAUCCUACGCUUUGAACGCAAAAACAAAGCUGAAAUAAUGUCAUAAGAAAAUCUAUGAAC